GAAAAAUCAAAAAGGCCAUAAUUUCAGUUGGAAUUGGUCUACCAAAUGACAGUCUUCUUUCAGUUUAGCUAGUGAUCACGUUAAAAAAUAGUGUAAAAAUGGCACCAAAAGAGGAUCCAGAAAUUACUGCACUUAAAAAGGAACUUGAUGAUUUAAUUGCGAAAUUUAAGGAAGAACAAAAGAAAGUCGCCGAUUGUACCAUAGCGGAUAAGUGUGGCGAUUUGGCUGCUGUUCCAAAGGUUCCAUUGACAACAAAACGCUCACUAAAAGGACACAUCAAUAAAGUGAAUUCAGUUCAUUAUUCAGAUGAUUCGAGACAUUGCGUUUCUGGUUCACUCGAUGGAAAACUCAUCAUUUGGGACACUUGGACUGGAAAUAAGAUUCAGGUAAUUCCGCUGCGAUCGGCCUGGGUAAUGAGUGUGGCGUAUGCCGCAUCUGGAAAUUUUGUUGCUUGUGGUGGAAUGGAUAACAUGUGUACGGUGUACGAUGUAAAUAAUCGUGAUUCAAGUGGCGCAGCGAAAAUUGUGCGGGAAUUGGCUGGCUAUGAAGGAUUUUUGAGCUCAUGCCGUUUCCUCGACGAUACACACAUUGUCACUGGCUCUGGUGAUAUGAAGAUCAUGGUAUGGGAUUUGGAGGCUGGCAAGAAAACAGUCGAAAUGGAUGGACAUGAGGGAGAUGUGGUUUCAAUCUCUUUGUCGCCAGACAAAAAGACUUUUGUUACUGGUUCAGUUGACAAAACGGCCAAACUUUGGGAUCUUCGUGAAAAUAAGCCAAAGCAAACAUUCUUCGGUCAUACUGCUGAUGUUAAUAGUGUAUUUUAUCAUCCAAGUGGUCAAGCAUUUGCCUCGGCCUCGGAGGAUAAGACCUCAAGAAUGUUUGAUAUUCGUUCGGACCAACAAGUUGCCAACUAUGCUCCACAGAAUCCAAACAGUGGUUUCACUUCUUGUGCUCUGUCUUUCAGUGGCCGAUAUUUGUUCUGCGGAGCAGAUGAUAAUAGUAUUUAUGCUUGGGAUACAUUGAAAACUACUGCUGCUGGUUCGCUAAAUGGCCAUGAAAAUCGUGUGACAUCCCUUACCAUUGCACCGAAUGGCAUGGCUUUGGUUUCAUGCAGCUGGGAUCAGUAUGUCCGUGUGUGGGGUUGAAUGUACUCUCCGUGCCCAUUGCUGCUGUUCCAUUUUCAAUAAUUUGAUUAGCUUUCAUAUUUCUAAUACGACAAUUAUUUUGCUUCCAAUUCAACUUUUUACCACAGAAAUGAAGAAAAGAAAAAGAUUAUUUAAUAUUUAUUAUUAGCCUCACAAAGUAUUAAACGACUGCACCCAAUGUAUUUCACUUAAAAAUGAAAAUAUUUGGAAAACAACAUAUCUUCAAUAAAUAAACUAUUUUAGAUUUUAAAA